CGCCGGAGAGGCCGCGUCGCCGCCGCACGGAAACCCUAACCCGUGACCUGACAGCCGCCGCCGCCGCCGCGAGGAAACCCCACCGCUCACGCGACGCCGGCGGGCGGGCGGGAUGGUGUCGUCGAUCUCGAUGUACCGCGGGAACCUCCACCGGGCAGGAGCCGACGCCGACCGGCACUGGCCGGCGCCGCGCCCCACCAUCACCGCUUCGCGGUUCCGCCGCCUGGUCCGCAGCCGCUCGCUCUCCGUCGCCCGGGUCGAGGGCCCGACGCGGGCAGCUUCCGCGGCCUCCUCCUCCUCGACCUCCCGCCUCGCGGAUGGCGGCGCGGGGGAGGAGGAGGAGGUGGAUGACGAGGAGCAGGAGGAGGAGGAGGGGAAGGAGGAAGGGGAGGGGGAGGAUGAGGAGGUGGAGCCGCAGGAGGGGGAGGAGGAGGAUGGGCAGGGUGAGCAGCAACCGGAAGAGGCGGGGGAGGAGCAGGAGGAGGGUGCAGUGGAGGAUGCUGAUAUGGACGAUGCCGGAGAGGUGCUCGUCGGAGGUGACGACGCGGAUGGCGAUGGUGAUCCUCAAGAAGGUCAAGGUGAAAGCGAAGGCUUUGAUCCUGAUCCCGAGGAAGGUUGUCUUGAUGAAGAAAGGAAGAGAGAGUUGAACGACAAGCUGGAUACUCUAAACAAGAAAAAACAUGAUCUUGUGCAGAUGCUGAAGCAGAUUUUAAAUGCUGAAGAAGAAAUCAGGAUGCGAGCCAUGCAGGCCUCAUUGCGCGCUACUGUGCCUCAGCCAUCAGAAAAUGUAGCUGAUGGAAGUUCUGUUUCUAGGCUGAUGCCUCGAAUGACUGUUGAUGUCAAUUUUAGUGAUGUUGCUGGCGAGUCUGAAGCUGGUUCCAACCAGGGCACUCCUGGACUGCCUUUGCAUCAUGUUCACAGUAUUUCUCCUUCAACAGCCUCUUUUGCUAGGUCUCCAUUUGGUUCUCUCCAACACAAUUCUGGUCACACUCCAAGAAGUCCAGCGACAUUCUCUACAGCAAGUCCAUCCCGCUUUGCAGCUACUGGACAUCAAGGACAUGCUACUGGCCAUCCCUCAAUAUCAUUGCCAGGAAUUAACUUUGUAGCCUCAUCGCCUUCCCCUGCUGCCUCCGGUGGUUCUUCCUCCGUGUUCAGGGAUUACCGCCCACCCAAUUCAACUUAACCCGGUUAUGUUAGCAUCAAGUUCAGCAGGAGAUUAUGUACAUAAUCUGGAGGACAACUCAGGUAUUAAUUUUUCUUUUCCUUUUCUGAGAGGGGGGAUUAUGUAUGUUGUUGUGUUAUAAUGUUGCAAUGUUGUAUCAAGGGAAACGCUAGCGAAACUUGUGUUUUUGCACAACUCUGGUCCGAACGACCCAAGAUGUGUAAAACUGGGUAAUUAUUGUAUAACGAGUUCAGCCGCUCGUGCCAUAUGUUUCAGGGUGUCAUUGUUAAAGGGCAUAUUUGCAAACAAAAAAUAAUGUGUUAAUACAACUUUUAUACACGUCCU